AUGAAGAUUGCACACGCACAGCUUACUUGCCAUUUUCCCCACCCACAGCUUUUAAAUGCACAACAGAAUCAAUUAUUCAAAAUCUUUUGUCAACUUUCCACAUUAACAAUUUCAAGAAUUCCAUCUUGUUAGCUGGUCUGAUAAAGAAAUCUUGCUCUUUUAUAGCUACCCACUCCCAUUCUCUUUUUCUUUUUCUUCAAAGAAUAUGGCUGAAGAAUCAUCCAAGUCUAUCUACGAUUUCACUGUCAAGGAUAUUCGCGGAAAUGAUGUGAGUCUGAAUGAAUACAGUGGGAAGGUUCUUCUGAUUGUGAAUGUUGCUUCCAAAUGUGGAUUAACACAAUCAAACUACAAGGAGUUGAAUGUCUUGUAUGAGAAGUACAAAAACCAAGGUUUUGAGAUCCUGGCAUUUCCCUGCAACCAGUUUGCUGGACAAGAACCAGGAAGCAAUGAGGAGAUUCAAGAAGUUGCGUGCACAAUGUUUAAAGCUGAAUUCCCAAUCUUUGACAAGAUUGAGGUGAAUGGAAAGAACACAGCACCUCUGUACAAGUAUCUAAAAUCAGAAAAAGGUGGAUAUUUUGGAGAUGCCAUCAAGUGGAACUUCACAAAAUUUCUAGUAAACAAGGAGGGCAAGGUUGUGGAGCGAUAUGCUCCGACUACAUCACCCCUUAAAAUUGAGAAAGAUAUACAGAAUCUGUUGGGAGCUUCUUAAGUACAAGAUUAGAAUCAUUUUAGGAGUGUUAUAAUCUCCUUUAUAAUUCAGUGGCAUAAUAUCCUUAACUCUGUAAAAUGGAAUCAUUGUGUUGUGGGUUUGCUUUCCAAAUUUGAAUGAAUAUAUACAUACUGGUUAAUUAAUACGGUUGCAGAUCCUGUUCUUAUCAUCAUGUACAUGUAUUGUAUGCUUGGACAUUUAGUAGUUACAGAAGUCUAUUUCAUGUUAUGUGUCCAGGUUUUGUGAUAUUACAGGAGACUUGUGAUUGGGUACCCUUAUUUUGACUGUUAAAUCUUCUUUAUUGUAAGAUGGAAACCCUCAUGGAGUUCUAAGUAAUUUGAUUGUAGUUUGAGAAAUCCAUAUAUUAGAUCUCUGAAUUUGUCCCUUUUUGCAA